AUGCUCUCCCACGGCGCCUCUCUGUGCAGUGCACCGCCCACGGGAGGCAGCAGACGCACCGCCAGCACUCGAACUCCGCCUCGCAAGGACCGUGAUCGGAGGACUCGCCCACCUUGUGAUGCCACCAUCUCUCGCUUGCGGCGACUUUCAAAACAAGAGAGGGGCCGGAUGCUGAUCGAGGCAGCUGUGGUGGGCGCGGUAGAGAUGAUAAGGAUGCUUCUGGUGGCUGGGGUGGACGUGCAGGCGAGGGACAACUGUGGAAUGACUGCCCUGCACCGGGCAGCAGUCGCAGGACACGUGGAGGCGGUGAGGUGCCUGUUGCGGAACGGGGCCGAGGUGGGCUCCGAGGACAGCGAGCGGAGGACGCCCCUCCACUUGGCUGCGACGGCCGGCCACGCAGCUGUGGUGCGGCUACUGAUGGUGCCCACUGCCGGCUCCGAUGCCGGAUGUCGGUACAGGGGAAUGCCACUUCGUGCAAAUGCCGGUGGCCUAGCUGAUACGGGGGCUGUGCCACAUCGGGCAGGAAACUACAGGAGAGUCCAGAACUGA